UUAAGCUUUUGAGGCUUUUCAUGUACCUGAGUCCAAAGACCUACUCUAUUCAGAAUGUUCUCCGAAUGUGUAUCUGGAUUUCUCACAUGUAAAGCGCGUAGUAGCGUUGUGAAGAUGAGGGGAAGUAAGUGUAAAGAACGAAUAUAAGUUCUACAUAAAUCGCCAGAAUGGAAACUGCAGUGGUGAAACCAUCUCCAGUCUUCAUUCUUCAAACACAAUCACGAUGCGUUUCUCUUCGCUUUCUCUGGUUGCUUGUCUUCUCCCGGCUGUUCUAGCCGCCCCUACUACUGAAGGGAAGAAAGACAAAAGAACAUUUGAGCUUCGUGAUGGAGUCAAUCAUACUGUCUUUUAUCAUGCUGCCACCGAUUCGACUCUCGCUUUUGUCACAAAUUCUGGCAUUUGCGAGACGACACCAGGUGUGAACCAGUAUUCGGGAUAUUUGACUGUCGGAACCGUGAGUUCAAGAUAUUUCUAUCUUGAUAAUUUGAUGUUAACAAUUAAAAUAGGGCAUGAACAUGUGGUUCUGGUUUUUUGAAAGCCGAAACAGUCCUACAACUGCACCAUUAGCAACAUGGUUCAAUGGAGGUACGCACAUCAUUGCUUCUGGUACAUUAGACGUUACUAACGACAGGCAGGUCCCGGAUGUUCUUCCAUGAUUGGUUUGUUCCAAGAGAACGGUCCAUGUCAAUUUUACAACGGAGCAUCAACACCUUCUCUUAACCCUUACAGCUUUAACGAAUUCGCAAACAUGAUCUACAUUGAUCAACCAAUCGGAGUAGGCUUCUCCUACGGUACCGAUUCUGUCACUUCCACUGUUACAGCGGCUCCAUAUGUCUGGAAUCUUCUCCAAGCCUUCUAUGCCUCAUUCCCGGCUUACGAGAACCGCGACUUCGGUAUCUUCACAGAAUCUUAUGGUGGCCACUAUGGACCCGAAUUUGCAUACUAUGUUGAACAACAAAAUGCCAAGAUUGCUGCUGGCACUAUUUCUGGUGAAAAAAUUGAUCUCAUUGCCUUGGGUAUCAACAACGGCUGGUAUGAUCCUAUCAUUGCCUACAAGGCAUACGUCGACUAUUCCUACAACAACACAUUCAAGCCACUCAUCUCAGCCUCACAACACACAAGCUACCUCAACACAUACACAAAGUCAUGUCUACCUCUUCUAGAAGAAUGUUCAUCGACCACUGGAUCCAACUCAGCUUGCGUAAAUGCGGAUAAUGUCUGUUAUCAGGAUAUUGAAGGGCCACUUUCCAAUGGAAACUUCGACGUCUAUGAUAUUCGAGAACCAUCGAACGAUCCAUAUCCACCAGAAACUUAUGCUACUUAUUUGCAAAGCGCUGCUGUAGUGAAAGCUAUUGGAGCCAAGACUACAUACCAAGAAUGUCCAGAUGCACCUUAUGAAAAAUUUGCCUCUACCGGAGAUGGUCAGUUACCCCUUCCUUAAUCUUGCCAUUCCUUCGCUUAAUAACAAAACUAACAAAUACAAAAACAGAUUCCCGCUCCUUCCUCCCAACCCUCUCAUCAGUCGUCCAAUCCGGAAUCCAAGUCCUCCUCUGGGCCGGCGAUGCCGAUUUCAUCUGUAACUGGUUCGGAGGUCUCGCAACCGCCAAUGCUAUUACCUACGCCAGCACUGCCGCUUUCAACGCUAAAGCCGUCGCAAACUAUACCGUCAAUGGAGUUGCGAGUGGAACCUUUAAGAAUGUUGGAAACUUGAGUUGGUUGAGAGUUUUUGGUGCCGGUCAUGAGGUUCCUUAUUAUCAACCUGCUUUGGCGUUGCAGGCGUUUAAGCAGACUAUGAGCAAGCAGUCACUUUCUUCUACUUGAUUGGUUUAUAUUAAAUGUAGAUUAAAGAAAUGGGAAUUUGGAAGUGGAAAAAUUAGGAUGGGAUUAUUGAGCUUGGAAAGUCUUUUAAGAAGCGCUUGAGAUUUUCGCAGAUGUCGACAUCUUAGUAUUUCAAUGAAAAUAAAUAUAUUCAAAAGCUUUUU